UCGCUGUAAUGUCAGUACUUGGCCACUAGAUAGUGACAGAAGGUGUAGUAAGUCCAGCAUCAGCAUUCAGAGAAGAAGGGCGAGCAGCGGCGCUGGAGCUCUGACAGGCCAGGCCUAGGGAUGCCUAAGAAGUUCCAGGGUGAGAACUCCAAGUCUUCGACUGCGAGGGCACGGAAGGCGGAGGCCAAAGCUGUCGCUGAUGCCCGGAAACAGAAGGAACUGGAGGAUGCGCUCUGGCAGGAGAGCGAUAAGCAUGUUCUGAAGAAAGAACAGAGAAAGGAUGACAAGGAAAAGAAGCGAUUGGAGGCGCUGGAGAGAAAGAGGGAGAACCAGCGGCUCCUGGAUGAAGAGGACUCUAAGAUAAAGGGGAAACAGAGUAAAGAACCCUUGGGAAAAGUGACACGGGCCCAGAUUGAGGAGACCCUUCUGAAAGAACAGGAGCUUCAACAGGAAACCAAGGAGAAAGAGAAGACCCACCUGGAGGAACCUCUGGAGGAGAACAUUAACCGGAUCAUUCCGGAAGAAGGCUCAGCUCGAACCAUCGAAGAUGCUAUUGCUGUACUCAGCACUAAGGAGGACACGGAUCGUCACCCCGAGCGGCGGAUGAAGGCGGCAUACGCGGCGUUCGAGGAGGUUAACAUGCCCCGCCUUAAAAUGGAAAACCCUAACAUGCGCCUGUCUCAGCUCAAACAGCAGCUGAAGAAAGAGUGGACGAAAUCUCCGGAAAACCCCCUGAACCAGCGCUUCGUCUCCUACAACACCAAGUAACCCCAACGAAAAGACUGCUGCACCAAACGGGGGUGUGAGGGGGGAAAAGAAAAAUAACAAUAAAAAUGUGAGAGAAAAAAAAAAAAAGAAAAUCAGAAACGACAUUUAGAUUUAAUUUAAUUAACGCAUUCUGCAUUGUUUUCACAAUAAAGGCUUCUAAUUUAAAAGAACUGAUCAUCAGAUUUAAGUGCAAUUGUGCCACAUUUAAACCCACCAAUAUCCAUCUGUUUAUUUUUAUUUUUUUUUAUUAUUUGCAGUUUUGUGUCGAGGAAAUGCAGUGCACUGGAGAACAGAUGUGAUAGAGCUGCUCUGAUAUUGAAGCAGGGGGUAGUUAAUGGGUAAUGGGGUGCGGUAGAUGGAGGGUUAAGUGCUGUGUGGAGAAUUUUAACCCUUUGAGCACUGGAAUGUGUUGGUAUUGCAAUAAUACACUGAGCAGCACUAUGCAAGAUUGGGGGAGGGGUUCUAUACAUCUGGCCUUUGCUCUGAUUGGACAUUUUCAUUAAAAGAAUGAUUGAGUUGGACACCAGAACUUUACAGUGUGGGUGAUUUCCUGUUCUAAGCCAAUCGUACGGAACUCUGCCUGUGCUGUGGACAAAGGAAGUGGACUUGGGUACGGCACACAUCCAUUAAAACAACAUUAAUGAGUCAUGGUUGCAAAACAAUGAACAAGUGUAUUAGGGUCUGAUAUAUUAAUAGGAAUGAAUGAGGCACCACAGAAUCUGCCUGGCAACCAUUUAGCAUCACCACAGUCACCACCUGGGAUACCAUAGCAGCCCGCUUGCCUUACACUACUUCCGUAUGUACAGCUCAAUAAAUAUUGCCCAUAUCAGUCUAAA